AUGGCUUCCUUAAAUGUGGCGUCCCUCGACCGGGAGCCCCAAAUCCGGGACGUCUGGUACUACAACCUUGAGGACGAGAUGCAGGUCCUGUCCGACAUGGUGGACGACUACCCCUAUGUGGCCUUCGACACAGAGUUUCCAGGCACGCUCGUACGGUCGCUGGAUCGAAGCGAGGACGGAGAGUACAAGGCGGUCAAGUGCAACGUGGACAUGCUGAAGCUGAUCCAGCUGGGCGUCACCCUAAUGGAUGGGGAGGGCAACUUGGCAAAGGUGGACGGCCAGCCCUGUUUCUGGCAAUUCAAUUUCAGGGAGUUCAGCAUGGACUGUGACUUGUACGCAUUGGACAGCAUCGACCUUCUCCAGCAGGCAGGCAUCGAUUUUGGUGUGAACGAAACCAUGGGGGUGGACAUACAGGUGUUCUCAGAACUCCUAAUGACGUCAGGGCUGGUUUUGAACGAAAAGGUUCACUGGAUCGGAUUUGCCACACAGUACGAUGUUGGGUAUCUCUUGAAGGCCUUGACUUGCAGGCAGCUUCCCGAGGCAGAGUCGGAGUUCUUUGAGCUCGUCCAGGUGAAUGCUGAGUCAAUGAAGCACCCGAUGUUGAGACCAUGA